AUGGCAGACUCAUCUGAAGCUAUGUACUUCGAUGUUGAUCACAUUCUGACAGAAGAAGAAGUGGCAGAAUUGUACUACGAUUUUGCAGAAAAUAUGCAAGAUCUAGGUAUGGAUUACUACGACUCUAAAGAUGAAAUUAUGCAACACAAACAAGGAGAAGACCAAGGACAGCACAACACAGAUGACACACAAUCUGCGGCUGGUUUCCAGGAAAUGGAACAACCCAUUCACCAUGGGACUCAACAGAAACAAAGAAAACAACUGACCAUGAAACAAAGAAGGGAAAUUGUGGACUCAAUGUUGGUAAACAUGCAGCAAGGGAACUUACCAAGAGGGAACUUAAAGCAGUUAUCAGUUAAUUUCAAUGUGCAUAAAUCAACCAUCACAAGAAUAUUUGCAGACAUAAAGAAACAGAUGGCACAGGGCAGUUUGAUUGAUGCAGCAGAAAGGAGUUAUGCAGCAACAUUAAAAAUCUCCCAUUCGAGUCUUCACAAUUUGAAGAUAAAGGGAAGGUUAAGAACACACACAAGUACCAACAAGCCAGCAUUGACAUCAGACCACAAGGUUGCAAGGCUGAAAUGGAUUUUAUCACACAUAAAUCCAGUGGCAAGUAAUAAGGACCCAACAUUUGUUGAUAUGAACCAUGUCAUACACAAGGAUGAAAAAUGGUUCUAUCUGAACCCUGACAAGAGGAGGUUUUACCUCCAACCUAGUGAGGAAGAUCCUUAUAGGCCUAUACAGCCCAAAAGAUUCAAGCUCAAAGCAAUGUUUAUAUGCUUAAUUGGGAAGCCAUUGUAUGACACAGAUGGGGGACUACUUCAUGAUGGGAAAUAUGGAAUGUUCCCAUUCACAGUCAAACAACUAGCCAAGAAAUCAAGUAAAAACAGAGUAGCAGGAACAUGGGAAACAAAAGCAAUACAGAAUGUAAACAGAGAUGUCAUCAGAGACAUGUUAGUGGCCAAUGUCAUUCCAGCAAUUAUUUCAAAGUGGCCUAACAGUCAGCCAAAAAAUAUUGUAAUCCAAUGGGACAAUACAAGGCCUCACCAAGUUCCUACUGAUGCAGAGUUUAUGGCAGCAACAACAGCUCACGAAUUUAACAUUCAAUUUGUUUUCCAACCACCAUAA